UCAGCCGAUCUCACUAGGAACCCGGAUGAGAGCGGAACACGCCGACGGGGAGUUGGCAGCAUCCUAUGUUUCUGUCUGGGGGUCUUGCUGCUCAUUAUCAGCCCAUGAUGCGGUUUACAUACACUCUGUUUUUGUUCAUCUGUUUGCUUCAGCUGCACGGAUCAGAUGCUACUGAACAAGAGGGUAAUGCUCAGAAGCCAAACGUUCCCACAAAGCCAGGGAAUGGUCCAAGUACAGGUACCCAGAAAGAAGAGGAGAAUAAUCACCCCAAAGCACCGGAAAAAAGUGUAAAAGAUGCUGUGAGUGAAACCGCUGCAAGAGAACAUGGGCAAGAAGACGGCAGCAAGGAAGUGAAGAUAGCCAAUCAGGAACCUGUGAAGAGCAAGAAUGGUGAUGGAUCAGAUGCUACUGAACAAGAGGGUAAUGCUCAGAAGCCAAACGUCCCCUCAAAGCCAGGGAAUGGUCCAAGUACAGGUACCCAGAAAGAAGAGGAGAAUAAUCACCCCAAAGCACUGGAAAAAAGUGUAAAAGAUGCUGUGAGUGAAACCGCUGCAAGAGAACAUGGGCAAGAAGACGGCAGCAAGGAAGUGAAGAUAGCCAAUCAGGAACCUGUGAAGAGCAAGAAUGGUGAUGGAUCAGAUGCUACUGAACAAGAGGGUAAUGCUCAGAAGCCAAACGUCCCCUCAAAGCCAGGGAAUGGUCCAAGUACAGGUACCCAGAAAGAAGAGGAGAAUAAUCACCCCAAAGCACUGGAAAAAAGUGUAAAAGAUGCUGUGAGUGAAACCGCUACAAGAGAACAUGGGCAAGAAGACGGCAGCAAGGAAGUGAAGAUAGCCAAUCAGGAACCUGUGAAGAGCAAGAAUGGUGAAAAGCCACAAACUGCGAAUGAAAAGAACGCAAAUGAGGAAACUGAAGAUUAUAAAAAGAGUGCGGGCAAGAGUAUCAGUGCUAAUGCUGACAAAGGGCCAGAGAAAAAGGCUGAGACGGAUAACUCAAAAACUGCGUUGGAUAAUAAGGAAGAUGAAUCUGCUAAGCCUGAAAAAAAGGGUGACAAAACGACGGAUGUAAAAGAAAAUGCUAGCGUGGGGAAAGCCCCUACAUCACCAGAAGACGAGGGAGGUCAUUCUGAGGGAAAAGAUGAUGUGACUGAUGACAUUAGUGACAAGCAACAAGCUGAAGAUUCUGCAAGUAACACUCAAAAUGCAUACAAACCGAAGCAAAAGCCUGCUGGUCCUCUGCAAAAUGAGGCAGAGAGCAGCCACUUCUUUGCUUAUCUGGUGACCACGGCAGUGCUUGUAGCUGUGCUUUACAUUGGCUAUCAUAACAAGCGCAAGAUUAUUGCCUAUGUUGUCGAAGGUAGGAGAUCGAGAACUUCCCGGCGGCCGAAAUCUACUGAGUACCAGAAGUUAGAGCAGAAUAUUUAAGGAAGGAAAAAAAAAACAAGUCACAUGCAUUUGGAGAAAUGUGUCGCUGCAGCCGAAGAAUGGAGCAGACUUAAAAUGGACCUUAACUGUUAGAUUUGCUUUUUGUGAAAGAUGCCUUUUUUCUAGAUGAACUGAAUAUUCCUUUUUUUUCUCAGUAGUUUUUCAGGUAUGUUAUUCCUCAAAUUGCUUAUUUUUGUAUGUUUAGGGGGUAUUCUUUGUGAAAUAUAAAACUAAUAUAUUUUUGUUUAAUGUUGCUUACUGCAUGCUUAAGUGGGGAGCAGCUUGGCCUUUUACAAGGGGUUUGCUUUUAAAAGGAGCAAAAUAAUCUUGCGUCUUUCUCUCAGCUUGAGUGCCACUGAAAGGAGGCUUCUCUGCCUGCCACUUUUGCGUCAGAUCCACUGGCUCAUUAUAUUUUCUCAGGGUGCUUCUUUGCCCAAAAAGAGAUUGGACUUGUGGACUUCGACUGUGGUGUCUAAAUAUUUAUGAAUGUAAUGCAGAGUUCUUAUCAGAAGUUUCAGGAGGGCAACUGUGGAAUAGUAAUGAGUAGAAGAAAUACCAAUAGGGUCAUAAUGGCUUUGGGGAUCCAUUUUGUAUUGCUGUGAGUUUAUGACUGGGGAAAUUCUUACAUUUAGUGUAAUGCAAAGAAUUUUGUAUAAUAUUUUAUGUAAAGUACUAUUCAGUCUUGGAAGCACUUGAUUAAAAAAUGAUUGGCAGUAGAUAUAUUGUAAAUAAAAAAUUAAAUUAUCAACGGAUCAAAUUAAUAUUCAGAUAAUAGGGAAUAUAGGAAAAUGUUAAUUGCGGUGUUGCAUUUUCAUAUAUGUGGUAUAGAUACUGAGAGUUGGUUUAAAGCUGAAAGUAAUCCAGAUCGCUAGAGCUUGCUACUGUAAGUUUAUAUUGCAGGCAACAAGAGUUUUGCAUGAGAUUAAGUAUUUUGGAAUGCUUGACUGAUCAUGGACCAAAUAUGAAUAGGAAAACAUUUUCACAUCCCAGAUCUUACUCUUUUGCCACUGUUGACAUUUACCGAUAAUGAUGCUUUAGGAUGAUUUUUUUUGGUGUUUUGAAAUAAACAAUGAAUUAAAAAUGUAAUUUCUGUGUUCCUUUCAGGUGUGUCUAUAUGUCUUUAUGUAUAUGCACUCUGACUUCAUUGUGUGGUAAUAUUUUAAGAUGUUUUAAUCUAGGUUGCUUUUAAUAUUCCCAAAUGCAGUUAAGAAAUGGCUCUAUGUCUUGAUGGAUUAUGCUUCUUAGCUACCUUUUCCACAUGUUAAAUGUGUGCUUUUCUUUUUAAAUCUCAUUUUGUAUAUAUAAUGAUUGGAUUUCACUCAUACCCCCCCCCCCAGAAGUUAUGAAGGAAUAACAGUCUUGGUAGAUGGAAAAAUAUAUGCUGUAUAAAGAUGCACCAUAUGAGUCACAUGGUGGGUGUGUGUGUGUGUGUGUGUGUGUGAGUGAGAGAGAGAAUGACAGAGAUAUGAUUUGAAAUUUAAAUGGGGGGUGAAUUGUACUCAAAAUGUGUUUUGUUCUUUUAUCAAAAUAAAAUGUUUUAUGAGCGAGAA